AUGGGUAAAAAAGUAAAAGUCGGCAAGAAAAGGAAGGAUAAAUUUUAUAAAUUAGCCAAAGAAACCGGUUAUCGUGCUCGCUCAGCUUUCAAGUUAAUCCAAUUAAACCGGAAAUUUCAGUUUUUAGAAACUUCACGAGUCUUGGUAGAUCUAUGUGCAGCACCUGGAGGAUGGUUACAAGUAGCAUCAAGAUUUAUGCCCAUAUCUAGUUUGAUCGUUGGUGUUGAUUUAGUAACUAUCAAACCAAUUCCUAAUGUUAUUACUUUAACCGGAGACAUUACUACUGACGCUUGCAAACAGGCUAUCAAAAAGGAACUACAUACAUGGAAGGCUGAUAGUGUACUACACGAUGGAGCUCCUAAUGUCGGGCAAGCAUGGGUUCAGGACGCCUUUUCUCAAGCUCAGCUAACAUUAAGUGCAUUACGUCUUGCUUGCCAACUCUUAAAGCGUGGAGGCUGCUUUAUAACUAAAGUCUUUCGAUCAAAAGAUUACUAUUCAUUAAUGUGGGUUUUUCAGCAAUUAUUUAAAAAAGUCCACGCGACUAAACCGCAGGGAUUUUUAGCUCCUGAUAAGAUUGACCCCAAGUUUCUUGAUAGUAAGCACAUUUUUAAAGAUAUUGAAACGGAAACGAAACAAAACAAAAUAAAUUUAAUGUUUUCUGAGAAAAGAAAGGAUAGAAAUCGAGCGGGAUAUCCAGACAACAAGCAUACACUGUUUACUAGUACACCUGUUACUGAUUUUAUUACAAGUGAAAAUUAUCUAGAUCACUUAGCUUCGAGUAAUACGCUCACAUUCGAUGAGGAUAGCUUGAUCAUUGCGAAGCAUCCACUUACCACAGAGGAAAUUAAAACUUAUUGCCAAGAUAUCAAAGUACUUGGUAGGAAAGAAAUCAGAACCCUUAUAAAAUGGCGUAGUGACAUUAGAGACUUUUAUGAACAAAAGGCAACAGCUAGUGAAACUAAGAAAACAGAAAAUGACGAAAGCGCUGGUGUUGAAAGUGACGAUGAUGAGGAUGCUGCGAAAAAAAAAAUCGAAGAGUUUGAAAAUGAAGAGGCAUCAGAACGGAAAAGUCAUUUACUUAUUCAUAUUCAAAAUAUGAUGAUGAUAAAAAGACAAAGACGGAAACGUAUGCAGCUUAAACGCAAAGCUAGAGAGAGACAACUGCUGAAAAUGAAAGUGCCUGAUAGUGGUAUUAACUUAUCAGAAGACAACUCAUUAUUUUCUCUCUCUACAAUUACCGAUCCUAAGAAAUUGAGUAAUGUCAACAGCGGUGAGAUGAUGCUUGGUGACGAUGAAGAUGAAGAUAAAACUGAAGCGAUGAAUUUGGAUUCGAAAAACGACACCGAAAGUGACUUUGAUAGCAAUGAUAGCUACAGUGAUGAUGACGACGAAGAAAGUAGAAGUGAUACAAAUCACUCUGAUAAUAUUACUAAAACCAUUGGUGACAAAAAAUCUAGUAAUCCUCUUAUUAUUGAAAUGCCGGAAGAACGAUCCUUAAAGCAAAAGACAAAUAUGUGGUUUAGUAAAAAUAUUUUUAAAGAAAUGGAUAAUGAUCAAGAUGAGGAGUUGGACUUUCAACAAUCAAUAUCAAAUCUUAAGGGAGAUAAAUACAACUCUUGGAAGGAAGAUCCUAAAAUGGAUAGUAAUUAUAGAAACAAGAGUAAUGGAUCUCCAUCCAAGGGAGAAAGUUUGUCCGAUACUACCACUACCAAUGUACGAAAAGUCGUUAAGAGUGACGAUGAUGACAGCGAUGAGAGCGACAGCGAUAGCGAUUAUGAUUAUUAUCAAGGAAUGAAAAAUAAUACCAAAACGAUUAACAAUGACUCGUCACAACUAAUAACUAGAAACGAUUUCGAAAUUGCUCCUGUAGAAAAUACUAUCGCACCGAAAUAUUUAUCGCCAGAAGGUUUAGCUAUUGGAGCAUUAGCUGCUACAUCGAAAAAGCGAAAAGAAGAAUUUAUAGAUAGUGCUUAUAAUAGAUACACUUUCAAUGAUGAAAAUCUACCGGAUUGGUUUACUGAAUAUGAGAAAAAGCAUUAUCAAAAGCAGAUACCACUAACAAAGGAAGAAAUUCAAGAACAAAAGAAGAAAUUACAAGAGAUUAAUGCACGGCCGAUUAAAAAAGUAGCUGAGGCAAAAGCUAGAAAAAAGAUGAAGACCUUAAGAAAAGUAGAGAGAAUGCGAAAAAAAGCUGAAGCUAUUCUCGACACUUCGGACGCCACUGACAGAGAAAAGAUGUUACAAAUAAAAAGUAUAUACAAGAAGGCUGGAGUAGGAAAGGCAAAAAAAAGCGAAAAACAAUAUGUAGUAGGCAGAAAAAACUUAGGUAAAAAGCGGCCACCUGGUGUUAAAGGAAGAUAUAAAAUGGUAGAUAAAAGACUGAAAAAAGACAAGCGGGCCUCCAAUAAAAAAAACAGAAAGUGA